GGCAGAUAUCAACAAGCGGGGGAACUGGGGCAUUUGUGUCCCUCCAGCAGCCCACCUGCACCUAUGACAGCGAGCUGCGACGCCAGUCAAAUUGAGACGACAGGCCGCAGGACGAUGAGAAGACAGUGCCUUUUCUCGCACAACUAGUCGGCACUCUGAAUACUGCGCAAAUACUUGUCCCAUCCACCGUUGAUACCCGAUUUUCUCCUUUAUUUUACUCCCAUGUCCUCACGAACAACCCGUCGCGCCGCUGCGACGCGGCGCACUAUCGUCGACGACUCUUCGGACGACGAAAUCGGAAGCACGAGCAAGAUCGCCGACGACAGCGAGGAUGACUUCACCCCGGCACCAAAGCGCAGCCCGCGCAAGUCCCUCGCUGCCAGCACCACCAGCAGCAGAAGCAGGCGCCAAACUGGCGACACGAGCAUCGUUGCCCCGCGGCGCGGGCGCCCAAAGAAGAGCCUUGCGCCAGAGCCCGAGGAUGAUGAGCUGAGCCAAGUCCUAGAACCUAGCCAAGUUCUGGAGCCAAGCCAGGUCGCCGAUCCAGACGAGACGGUUACUACGAUCGCGGAGCCUUCGUCACCAUCCAAGAAGGCUGCCCCGCGCAAGAGGAAGAGUGUUGCCCCGCGAGCGGUGAAGACCGAGUCCACCCCCGAGCCGCCAGCCGCGCUCCCCGCGCUCGCCACACCGGACCCUACGCCGAGGCAUCCGAAGCAACCAUUUUCACCGGACUCCUCCCUGGUGUCCAGCAGCCCUCUUGGUGACGUCACGACGACGAGCGCGAACGGUCAGCGCAGGCCGUCAGACGAAACGGCUGCUGCCGUGAAGCCCAUCAGGGCCAUGGAUACAAUCCUUGAGAAGCCCAUGGACAUCGUGCUCAAGUCACGCACCAUCACGGUCCCAGUCGUCGAGGACACGACGCCCAAGGCGCGCAUUGUCAUCACCUACCUCAUCCUGACCAACUUCAAGAGCUACGCGGGGAGGCAAGAAGUCGGCCCCUUCCACUCGUCUUUCUCGUCCGUUGUCGGGCCCAACGGUUCCGGAAAGUCCAAUGUCAUCGACUCGCUGCUAUUCGUGUUUGGCUUCCGAGCCAGCAAGAUGCGACAGGGCAAGCUUUCUGCGCUGAUCCACAACUCGGCCCAGUACCCAAACCUGGACCACUGCGAGGUGGCUGUCCACUUCAGGGAGGUGAUGGAUCUCCCCGGCGGGGGCCACGAGGUUAUUGCCGACUCGGACCUCGUGAUCUCGAGGAAGGCGUUCAAGAACAAUACCAGCACAUACUACAUCAACGGCAAGACGUCAAAUUUCACAACGGUGACGACUCUGCUGCGUGACAGGGGUGUUGACCUCGACCACAAGCGGUUCCUCAUCUUGCAGGGUGAGGUCGAGUCGAUCGCCCAGAUGAAGCCUAAAGCUGGCAAUGAGCACGAGGACGGUCUCUUGGAAUACCUCGAGGACAUCAUUGGCACCUCCAAGUACAAGACACCCAUUGAGGAGGCGGCAACAGAGGUUGAGACACUCAACGAUAUCUGCAUGGAGAAGAGCGGCAGGGUUCAGCACGUAGAGAAGGAGAAGAACAGCCUCGAGGACAAAAAGAAUAAGGCGCUUGCCUUCGUUCGCGACGAGAACGAGCUCGUCAUGAAACAGGCUGCUCUGUAUCAGCUCUACAUCGGCGACUACGAGGACAACGUUGCGGCAAACCAGGAGGCAGUGAUGCAGAUCCAGGCACAGCUUGAAGUGGAGCUCCAGAACCACGAGGGCAACGAGCAAGUGAUCAAGCAGCUGCAGAAAACCUACUCCAAGAGCAGCAAAGAGUUCGAAGCCCAAUCAAAGGAGGCACAGGCACUCGCCAAGGAGUUGGCCUCUUUUGACCAGGAGAGGGUCAAGUUCGAGGAGAAAAAGAAGUUCUUGUCGGACAAGCAGAAGAAGCUCCAGAAGACCAUCGCAAAUUCCGAGAACUCGGCUGCUGAGGCCGAGCAGACGAUCGAGCAAUGCGGAGAGGACAUAGAGACUCAUGGACAGGAGAUAGUUUCGCUCGAGGAGCGCGUCAAGGAUGAGGAGGCCGAGCUCGCCACCAUCAGGGAUAGCCUCAAGGGCAAGACGCAGGCCUUCUCGGACAAGAUUGCUGCCAAGCAAAAGUCUCUGGAGCCAUGGAAGGAGAAGAUUAAUCAAAAGCAAUCAGCCAUCGCGGUCGCGGAGAGCGAGCUGUCUAUUCUGAGGGAAAAAGCAAACGCCGGUGCCGUGGCUCUGGAGGAGAUAGAGGCCAAGAUUCAGUCGAUCGAGGAGGCCAGGGCCGCAAAGGCCAGCGAACUGAAGGCAUGCAAGGUCGAAAAGGCCGAGCUGGAAAAGGAGGCCAAGGGAGUGCAGGAAGAGCUCGAGGCUCUCGCGCAGCAAGAACCCAAGAUCCGCGCCAAGGUCUCCAACGCAAGACAGAAGGCCGAUGAGGCGCGGUCCAGUCUCGCACAGACUCAGACGCAGGGCAACGUCCUGACGGCCCUCAUGCGCAUGAAGGAGUCAGGCCGUAUCGAUGGCUUCCACGGCCGCCUUGGGAACCUCGGGACCAUCGACCAGAAGUACGACGUGGCCAUCUCGACAGCGUGCGGCGCGCUCGACAACUUCGUCACCGACACGGUCGAGGCGGGCCAGCAGUGCAUCGAGUACCUCCGCAAGACCAACCUCGGGCGUGGCAACUUCAUAUGCCUGGACAAGCUCCGUGUUCGCGACCUGUCUCCAAUCCAGACGCCCGAGAACGCGCCGCGGCUGUUCGACCUUGUUCAAGCCAAGGACGAGCGGUUCCGGCCCGCCUUCUACCACGCGCUGCAAGAUACCCUUGUCGCCAAAGAUCUUGUGCAGGCGAACCGCAUUGCAUACGGUGCCAAGAGGUGGCGCGUAGUCACUCUCGAAGGCCAGCUGAUCGACAAAUCUGGUACCAUGUCUGGUGGCGGAACCACGGUCAAGAAGGGUCUCAUGUCGUCCAAGCUCGUUGCCGAAACGAGCAAGGAGCAGGUUACAAAGCUCGAGGGUGACCGCGACGGCCUUGAGCAGAAGUUUGAAGAGUUCCAGGAGUAUCAGAGGGGCUUGGAAACGCGUCUCCGAGAGCUGAGGGAUCAGAUCCCGCGUCUUGACACCAAGAUGCAGAAAAUCAACCUCGAGAUGGAGAGCGCAGCCAAGAACCUUGCCGAUUCUCAACGUCGCGUCGAAGAGCUCGGGAAGGAGCACCAGCCCUCGCAAUCCGAUGACAACCGUGUCGGGGUGCUCGAGAAGGAAAUUGCCAAACUCCAGAAGGAACUAGCGAAGCUGCACGGUGAGACCUCCAGCGCAGAAGAAGAGAUCAAGGUUCUCCAGGACAAGAUCAUGGAGGUCGGCGGCGAGAAGCUCCGAGCCCAGCGCGCCAAGAUCGACGAGCUGAAAGCGGAGGUGGCGUCGCACAAUGAGGACCUCUCGGCCGCUGAAGUCACCAAGGCCAAGGCGGAGAAGCAGAGGGUCAAGCUCCAGAAGGAUCACGCCAAAGCCACAAAGGACCUCGAAGCUGCCAGUCGCGACCUUGAGACCCUAGAGGACGAGAUCCAGAACCAGGGCGACAAGGCCGAAUCACUGCAGUCGGCGGUGGACGAGGCCGAGGAGACACUCAGGGGCAAAAAGGAGGAGCUUACCGCACUCAAGGCGGAGCUGGACGAGAAAACUUCGGAGCUCAAUGCGACGCGCGCCGCCGAGAUCGAGAUGCGCAACAAGCUCGAGGAGAGCAACAAGGUCCUGGCUGAGAUGGAGAGAAAGCUCCGGCACUGGGACGACAAGCUCUCUAAGCUGGCGCUCCAAGACAUUGAUGAUCUGACUGGCGGCAAGUCGGCCGCUACUCCUACUCCGGCCGAAGACGAGGCUGUUGAUGGCGAACAGGUCGCGAAGCCCAAAAUGAAAGCAGAGAAGAUCAAGAGCGGCAGCGAAGACGAGGGCGAAGAUGAGGACGGCGAUGAGGACCAGGACGAGAACGACGAGAGCGAUGCCGAUGAGACGGCUGUCAAGGACCGGUCCAUCGCGCCCGUUGCCUCAUCGGGGUCGGGCGGACCGCUGCAGUUGCCCAGGUACAGCAAGGACGAGCUCGCCGACAUGGACAAGGCAGAGCUCAAGGCUGAGAUCGCGGCACUCGAGGAGAAGACCCAGAACGUGAACGUAGACCUGGGCGUCCUCGCCGAGUACCGCCGCCGGGUGGAGGAGCACGCCGCUCGGUCGUCGGACCUGAACAGCGCCGUGGCGCAGCGCGACGCGGCCAAGAGGCGGUGCGACGACCUCCGGCGGCUCCGCCUCGAAGGGUUCAUGGAGGGCUUUGGGCAGAUCUCGCUGCGGCUCAAGGAGAUGUACCAGAUGAUCACCAUGGGCGGCAACGCCGAGCUCGAGCUCGUCGACUCGCUCGACCCCUUCAGCGAGGGCAUCCUGUUCAGCGUCAUGCCGCCCAAGAAGUCGUGGAAGAACAUCAGCAACUUGUCGGGCGGUGAGAAGACGCUAAGCAGUCUGGCCCUCGUCUUUGCGCUCCACCACUACAAGCCAACGCCGCUGUACGUCAUGGACGAGAUUGAUGCCGCUUUGGACUUUAGAAACGUGUCCAUCGUCGCCAACUACAUCAAGGAGCGGACCAAGAACGCGCAGUUCAUCGUCAUCUCGCUCCGCAACAACAUGUUUGAGCUGGCGGCGAGGCUGGUGGGGGUGUACAAGGUCAACCACAUGACCAAGAGUGUCACCAUCGAGAACAAGGACUACAUCCACCGCCCCGGGACCGCCCGCCCGGCUGCGCCUGCGCAGGCGGCGGCGGCGGCGGCGGUGGCGGGGGCGUGAUUUGGAAUGGGCAAGUUUUGUUUCUUUUUGAGUGCUAUUAAUGAAUGGACGCGAACUUGGCGUGAUGACGAAUGACUAGAAGAGAUGGGAGCAGAUCAUGAAGCCAUGAUGUCUACUUUAUUUUCGUUCAACGUCGUUCUUUAGUUGGAUUCCGGGUGGCAUAUUUACCGGGGCAUGUGUGCUAUUCCCAGGAUACAUUACGGGGUCUUACAAGGCCAUGGCUUUCCGACGGGUUUGGCGGCCGGGUUUAUCGAGGGUAUAUCAAUUACAGUACGGCGUGGCUUUCUUAUUUCCAACUUGUGCACUCUUGAAUAUUCGUGACUUGUAUAGAUGCAAGCCCAGUGUAUUUGCUAAUAUCCUCGACAAAGCACGAGCAAUAACCAUGCACAUGCGAAUCAAAAUUUCUUCCCUAUUCCCUUC